GGUAGGUGGGUCCCCCAGGCCUGGGAGUUGGGAGUCUGCACCCGGGUUCUGACAUCCGCCCUGCUGCUGCCAACUUGGGAUAGGCUCGAGCCGCGCCCUAAGGGGUUAAACCUGUCUCACGUUCCUUCCCGAGCUGCUUUAUAAGGAGGGGGAGGUCGAGCCUCUCUGCCUUAUGGGGAGCGUUUUGGGGUUUAUUCCUCCUCCUCCUCCCUUCUAACUUGAUUAAGAAUGACCCAAACAAAAUCACAGUUUUGCUCCAGAGCCAAUGUUUACCCCCAAGUGCCUGACGGAGGAUGGGGCUGGGUCAUUGCGAUUUCUUUUUUCUUCGUGGAAAUCUUUACCUACGGCAUCAUCAAGUCUUUCGGCAUUUUCUUUAAUGACUUGAUGAACAGUUUCGAUGAAUCGAAUAGCAGAAUCUCAUGGAUAAUCUCAAUUUGUGUGUUUGUCUUGACGUUCACAGCGCCCCUCUCCACGGUCCUGAGUGCACGGUUUGGGCACCGGCUGGUAGUGAUGGCCGGAGGGCUGCUUAUCAGCACUGGGAUGGUCUUAGCAUCAUUUGCGCACCAGGUCUACCAGAUGUACCUCUCCAUCGGCCUCCUCUCCGGCCUGGGCUACUGCUUGAGCUUCCUGCCCACAGUGACCAUCUUGUCCCAGUACUUCGACAAGAGACGCUCUAUGGUCACUGCGGUCGCCUCCACCGGGGAGUGUUUCGCCAUGUUUGCCUUUGCUCCAGCCUUGACGGCGCUCAAGGAACACAUCGGCUGGCGUCACAGCAUCCUGGUGGUGGGGCUCCUGCAGCUGAACAUCGUGGGGUGCGGGGCCUUGCUGAGACCCAUCCUCAUCCAACCCCCGGGGGUGUCGGGGGCCCACGAGCCACACCAUGAAGCGCAGUACAUGAUGGAGAAUGAGAAAACACGCACAUCCAUUGACUCCAUUGACUCAGGCGUGGAGCUGCCCACCUCCCCCAGGAACCUGCCUCUGGCCCCAAACACAAACUCGGACCUGGAGGCAUGUGGGGAGCCAUUGCCACCCCUUAAGGGCCAAGGCCCACCCCACAGGACCCCACUUCUAGACUUCUCCAUCCUGAGGGAAAAGAGCUUCAUUUGUUACUCACUGUUUGGCCUCUUUGCCACUCUGGGCUUCUUCGCCCCUUCUCUCUACAUCAUCCCUCUGGGCAUCAGCCUGGGCAUCCCGGCCGAGCGUGCGGCCUAUCUCUUGUCCACCAUGGCCAUCGCUGAGGUCUUCGGCCGGAUUGGAGCUGGCUUGGUCCUCAACAGGGAGCCCCUGCGCAAGAUUUACAUCGAGCUCAUCUGUGUGGUCCUGCUCACCGUGUCACUGUUUGCCUUCACCUUCGCCACGGAGUUCUGGGGCCUCAUGUGUUGCAGCAUCUUCUUCGGGUGCAUGGUAGGCUCCGUGGCUGGCACCCACAUCCCACUGCUGGCCGAAGACGAUGUGGUGGGCAUCCAGAAGAUGUCAUCGGCCGCUGGUGUCUAUGUCUUCAUCCAGAGCAUCUCAGGGCUGGCUGGGCCACCGCUGGCAGGGCUGCUGGUGGACCAGAGCAAGAUCUAUAGCCGCGCCUUCUACUCCUGCGCAGCGGGCAUGGCUGUGGCUGCUGUGUGCCUGGCGCUGGUGAGACCUUGCAAAAAGGGGCUAUGCCAGCGUACCCCCACUCAGGAGCCCCAAGCCAUGGAGCUGCCUGGAAAAGCUUUACAGGACAUUCCCGAAGACUUUCUGGAAAUGGACCUAGGGAAAAAUGAGCCGAAAGUUUCUAAGAAAAUAGAGCCCUACGUAUGACAUGCUGUGAUCUCCUGACACCAGCUGCCCUCAAGGGGGUAGGGAGCUGGGGCAGGGUGGGGACAGGGGAUGGCAGAAGGAGGGGAAGGAGAUAUGUGCCAUGUGCCCCCCACCCCCAAAAAGCCCUAGAAUUGAAAGGGAAUGUA